AUGUCGAACAAGUCGUUGUUCAAGUCAAUCCUGCACACAUUCGGAGCCGAUGCCACACAGUCGCUAUCAAACAGCGCGCUUACAUCAAAGAAAUUCCUAGUGAGCUUCGAAUCACCGGAAAGCAAGAUACCCCAGAGGGAAAAUGUCCAAGAACAAUGCGCUGCAGAUCUGAUUUCAUUCCUGGACUACUACCGACAUCCGAUUGAACAAAAUGAUUUCGUUUUGGUGCCAAGGUCUUCCUUGGUGUCAACAGAAAAUUUAGUACCAAAUGAGACACGAUUUAGCGAUUCCGGUUGCUUCUUGGAACCCUAUAUUUUGGCUCAAGUUGUUUCCGGUUUUGAGAGUCGUGGUCUCGUUCGAGGAACCAACAAACCCAACGAGACCUUAAAAGUUCAAAUUCUAUCACGCGAUGCCGGUGUUCUAUCGGAAGUGGAAGCCUCUCGCUUCAGUGUGAAACCAAAUGCAGCACUCUGGGUACCGCAACCAAUAGUUGAUCGUAUAAAUAACAGUGUUCCGUUUAUCUCGAAUCCAAGUGACAUGGAGAACAGCCAGGAUUGUCACUCUCCUGCCGAUAUCCUCGUGGUAAAUCCCUCAAGUCACGUGGCUCCGUUUGCCACGGCCCGAUUGAAGACCACCAAAAUCCCGGCUGCAUACUCAGCCAGUGAGCUCAAUGUACUGACCAACAAACAGGACUGGUCGAAAGACAUUGCUGUAUCAGAUUUGCGUAAAACCCCAGUUUGCCCCAGAUCCGAGAAUAUUUCAUUUCGAGAACCCAUAGGAAAGAGUGACAGUCCAACUCAGUACACAAAUACUUGGUGUGAUGAACCAGUUGAGGCGGAUCAAAUGUCAGAAGCCGACGACGGAGUUGAAGUCGUUCAUUAUCGGAUGUUUAUCCGACAACGCAGCAUGGCGGUUUCUCAGUUGUCGCCUGCCUCCGGACACCGACCCCGAAACGGUUUGGAAGCGCUUAAGGCGACUAUUGGGCGAAAACAGCCCGCGGGCUCCUACCUUGGACGCUUCCUAGAGCGCAUGCAGGCAGAGUCCGAGUUGGUGCACGAGUAUCUUGGAGCUCUGGAGGAGCUGACACCACGAGCAUUUCCAGGAGUUUCGGUGGAGGAGAUAAAAAUGCAAGUCUUGGAUUGA